AUGACAGCGGACGGCCACAAUCAGCGUGACAAUGGUACCGGCGACGAGCUGGUGAGCUCAGUGACGCUGUAUAGGAGAAGGCCGCGGCUCUUUCACGGCACCGUCCUCCCGUUCCUGGCUGUUCUCUACCCGGGCUGGCUGUACGUGUGGCUGGGGAUGUACGGUGCCUCGGAGUAUCCGGAGGCAGGCCUCCUUGCUCUCGCUGCCAUCGGAAUCGCGCACGUCCUCACGGCGCUGUCCGGGUAUUGGUCCGUGCACGCUCACUGUUGGCUCACUUGUUCUAAGGAAGCGGACCCAAACAAGGCUACUCUGGCGAAGGUUGUACCCACCCCGAAUAACGGUUCAGCUGAGCUUGUGACGCUACAAAGGGACCAGGACGAACUCGGAGACACUAUUCUGUCGUUUGAGUUUCAGAAAAUCCGCUACAAUUUCGAUCACAAAGAAAAGAAAUGCUUUUACCCCAACGUGUUCCCCGUCAACCACGCGAUGGGAUACUUCCAGUCAUGGCGCGGCUACCAGGAGGAAGCCGACCUCCGAGCCGCUGAGAAGCGUUACGGCACUAAUCAUGCGGAGAUGGUGGUUCCUGAUUUCUUGGAACUUUUUAGAGAAAGGGCUACUGCACCGUUUUUUGUCUUUCAGGUAUUCUGUGUGGGUUUAUGGUGUUUGGACGAGUACUGGUACUACAGCGUUUUCACGCUUUUCAUGCUGGUGGCUUUCGAAGCUUCCUUGGUCCAACAACAAAUGAGGAACAUGUCCGAGAUCCGCCGCAUGGGGAACAAGCCCUACAUGAUCCAGGUUUACAGAAACCGUAAGUGGAGACCCAUCUCCAGCGAUGAACUCAUCCCAGGAGACCUUGUCUCCAUUGGGCGCUCCCCACAGGACAACCUGGUGCCGUGCGAUGUACUUCUACUGCGCGGUCGGUGCAUCGUGGAUGAGGCUAUGCUGACUGGAGAGUCUGUGCCUCAGAUGAAGGAGCCAGUGGAGGACUUGGACCCCGAACAAAUCCUUGACCUUCAAACCGACUCCCGGCUCCACAUCAUUUCCGGUGGUACCAAAGUGGUUCAGCAUAGCCCGCCGAUGAAAGCCAGUCCUGGACUCAAGCCUGUAGACAAUGGCUGUGUGGCCUACGUACUGAGAACAGGGUUCUACACCUCUCAGGGUAAACUUUUGCGCACCAUCCUCUUUGGCGUGAAGAGAGUCACGGCGAACAACCUGGAGACGUUCAUCUUCAUCCUCUUCCUCCUGGUGUUCGCCAUUGCAGCCGCUGCCUACGUGUGGGUGGAAGGGACGAAGGACCUGAGCAGGAACCGCUACAAGCUCUUCCUCGAGUGCACCUUAAUUCUCACAUCGGUGGUUCCGCCGGAACUCCCCAUUGAACUAUCUUUGGCUGUCAACACAUCCCUGAUUGCUCUGGCAAAACUAUAUGUGUUCUGCACCGAGCCCUUCAGGAUUCCAUUCGCCGGGAAAGUGGAGGUCUGCUGUUUUGACAAAACGGGAACAUUGACGAGCGACAGUCUGGUGGUGCGAGGUGUCGCGGGCCUAAGGGACGGAAAAGAGGUUAUGCCCGUAUCGGAUAUACCGGUCGAGACGCAUCGGGUUGUGGCGACUUGCCACUCGUUGGUCACUCUGGAUGAUGGACAGCUGGUUGGAGAUCCACUGGAGAAGGCUAUGCUAACCGCUGCUGAUUGGACACUCACUAAAGAUGAAAAAGUUUUCCCACGUAGCAUCAAGACCCAAGGCCUCAAGAUUCAUCAUCGCUUCCACUUUGCCAGCGCUCUCAAGCGGAUGUCAGUUCUGGCCUCCUAUGAAAAGCAGGGAUCCACGGAGCUUUCCUACAUCUCCACUGUAAAAGGCGCUCCAGAGACGCUCAAAGCGAUGUUUUCAGAACAUCCUCAGAGUUACGAUAAAGUGCACAAGGAAAUCUCCCGGGAAGGAGCGAGAGUGCUCGCUUUGGGUUACAAAGAGAUGGGGCAUCUCAGCCAUCAGCAGGUUCGCGAGAUGAGCCGCAGUUCCCUAGAAUGUAACUUGAACUUUGCCGGCUUCAUAGUGGUGACGUGCCCCCUUAAAAGUGACAGUAAGGCGGUUAUCCGGGAGAUCCAGGAAGCGUCUCAUCAUGUGGUGAUGAUCACAGGGGACAACCCUUUAACGGCGUGCCAUGUGGCCAGGGAACUACACUUCCUCCAAAAGGAGCAAACGCUUAUACUGCAAUCAGUUCAGGGCGGAUGGCAGUGGGAGUCCAUCAACGGUACCGUGCAAGAACCCCUUCCUCCUGCCUCGGUCUCUUCAUUUGUGCGCCGGUAUGAUCUGUGUGUCACCGGGGAGGGGUUGGCGAGACUCUGCUGUGACCCUCGGCUACUGCACGCCCUCUUGCCUCACAUCCGAGUGUUUGCACGGGUCAGCCCAAAACAGAAGGAAUUUGUUAUCACUAGUUUCAAGGGGCUGGGCUACGUAACAUUGAUGUGCGGCGACGGUACCAAUGAUGUCGGAGCGCUCAAACACGCCCACGUAGGUGUUGCCCUAUUAGCCAACGCCCCUGAGCGCAUGCCUGAAAAAAAGAAACGAAGCCGAGAGAAGGAGGCGCCUGCUGUCGAAUCCAGGCCUCUGCCGCCGGUCAAUUCCGGAGGCAAGCCGAGCUCCAGAGGGGCCAGACAGAGGAUGAUGGCUCAAAGAGAGGAACAGCUGGCAGCACAAAAGGAAAGAAUAAGUCAAGUCUUGCGGGAACUCGAAGACGAUCAGGUACAAAUCGUCAAACUGGGUGACGCAUCCAUCGCCGCGCCCUUCACCUCCAAACUCUCCUCCAUUCAGUGCAUAUGUCAUGUCAUAAAGCAGGGUCGUUGCACUCUGGUAACGACACUGCAGAUGUUUAAAAUCCUCGCUCUCAACGCGCUUGUGCUCGCCUACAGCCAGUCUGUGCUUUACCUAGAGGGGGUCAAGUUCAGUGAUUUCCAGGCAACCCUGCAGGGUCUGCUAUUGGCCGGAUGCUUCCUCUUCAUCUCCAGGUCUAAGCCACUGAAAACAUUGUCGCGAGAGCGACCCUUACCGAACAUCUUCAAUCUUUACACUGUGUUGACGGUGCUGCUGCAGUUCGCGGUCCACUUUUGUAGUCUGGUCUUUCUUUACAAAGAAGCGCAGAGCAGAAGUCCACCGAGAGAGGAUCAGUUUGUGGAUCUGUAUAAAGAGUUUGAACCCAGUCUGAUCAACAGCACCGUUUAUAUUAUGUCCAUGGCUAUGCAGAUGGCCACAUUCGCCAUUAACUACAAGGGUCAUCCGUUCAUGGAGUCUCUCAGUGAGAAUAGACCACUUUUAUGGAGCAUCACACUGUCCGGUUUAGCAAUUGUUGGACUGCUCUCUGGUUCUUCACCGGAAUUCAACGAACAGUUUGCCCUCGUCGAAAUUCCGACUGAGUUUAAAAUGAUCAUCGCCCAAGUUCUGGUGGUGGACUUUGUCGCCGCCCUAUCAGUGGACCGUGUACUUCAGUUCUUGCUGGGCAGAGGAACACUGAGGCUGCCUUCUUGA